AACAGUCCAUAAAUCGAUGAUGAUCAGAUGCGGUGCUGAUCCCAAAUCAAAUCACAGUCCGAGGAUGCGGAUGACGAAUGCUGGGGAUGUCUAUAACUUUUUUAUUGUGCAAAUCACACAUUCCGUGGAUUUAGAAGCACUAAUACUACUACUACUAUUAGUAAUAAUAACGGACCACUUAAAGAGGAAAUUAUGGGAUUCGCCCAGGCCCUCUUCGCCUGCGCGCCGCUGCCACCACCACCACCACCACUGCAUCAAAAGAGUAGCAGUGUUCCCACAUGGCAUUUUUCAAGCUUCACUGCUUCUCCUCGCCACUCCCAAUUCAACAACUUGUACCAAGAACAUGAAGAAUUAGGGUUCAAGAAGCAGAAGAAGAAGAAGGAGAAUCACAAUAGCAUUCUCGAAAGUCAUCGUCCGUACAAGACUGCUCCAACGCAUACCCAAUAUAAAAAAAAAGAAGUACGAGAUGGGAAAGUUUGCGACGAAUCCCAGUCCCUCGAUUUCGUCUCCCAUUUUAGUACUAGAAGAGGUGGCGACAAGGGCGGAAAGGAGGGAGAGCGCAAACCAACAGGAGAGGACGAGGAGGGAUUGGAUGUGGGAAGGCCUGAGCCAGAAGAAGAAGAAGAAGAAGAUAGCGGUGGUCCUGUUGUCUGCAAGGGGAUAGCAAAAGGGACUAGGAGGAGGCAAAUCAUGAAGAGGUCCACUAUGAUCGCCAAGCAAGUUAUCAGCAUUCAAUCCGCCCUCUCCCUGGGUUUUGUUUCCCAGCUCUGGGUCGAUACAAAUGCUUGGGCGGUGUUAUUUGUAGAGGUGAAGCCAAACUUACUUUCCAGUGAGCUAGAAAGGUUUUCCUUGGACGAGCUUGCGAAGGUUGGGGAUGUGGUGCUCGUUGAAGAUGAGAGUGUGAUGGAAAAUGACUUCAAAUUAAUUGGACUCGAGACGCUGGUAGGAUAUACUGUUGCAACUCCAGGUCGGCGAAAUAUUGGAAAAGUGCGUGGAUACAAUUUUGACAUUAACUCUGGGGUAGUGGAGUCUCUUGAGAUUGAUUCAUUUGGGAUAUCCAUCAUCCCGUCAAGUUUGGUGAGCACCUAUGCAUUAUUGGUUGAGGAUGUGCUGGAAGUUUUACCAGACACUGUUGUAGUACAUGAAGCUGCAGCAUCACGCAUCCAGAGGCUUACUAAGGGGUUUUGGGGUGGCGGUCAGAAGAUGGGCGGGUCAGUUGAUGAUGAUGAUGAGUUUGAAGAAUGUUGUGGAUACGGGGGAAGCGGGAAGAGAAACUUGUCCAGGGCCAGGGGGAAGUUCCCUGGAGAAGUGGUGGAGCGGGCUGAUGAAUGGGAGCUUCCCAUGGAUUACUUGUGAUCGAUCAUCCAUCACACUCACACUGAGACUUUCUCCUUCUGUCACCCUACCAGUUACUGCUACACUCAUAUGCAGGGCAGGGUAUCGCCCACCACAUAGGCACAUACUCCUACAUAGAUAGGAUUGCACUGGUUGUUGCAGUUUCCCGGUGGUCAUUUUUUUCUUUUCAGUAUUGACUGAGAUUAAUUGUUAUGUCGUCCAUUUUCUCCAGAGUAGCAAUGGAGCAAACCACCACCGCAGUUAUGCCUUGGUUCUGUAUGUAUGUAAACAUUUUAGGAA